AUGUUGGAGCAAUUGUUGAAAAAAUGGAUAAUUCAGAUUCAGUGGGAGCAGUAUUUCGAAAGUAUUCUUAUACUACGAAACACACCACAAGACUGUUUCGUAGAAAAUUUACCGAAUAUAUUGGAACAACCAAAGUGGAUUUUGGACAGUAAAAAUGCUUUUGAAUUAAGGCAAAAAUUCAAUAGCGAAGUUUUGGCAUUUGUAUGUCUUCAGCAAGAAUUUGAUCUACUGCAACUUGAGACACUGGCAAAAAUUCUGAAUCAUAUGCGAUACACACGCAUCAUUGUAUUAGCAAAAGAUUUUGGCAAACAACAAGAUUUAUUCCUGCAAUCAUUUAUUAAAAUAUCAAAUAUAUUUCCAAAACAUUGGCAAAAUUUUCAAGGCAAGGUUUUGUAUACUUUACCAGACCAGCUUGAACCACGUAGCGUAUUGUAUAUGGAUCACCAUGGGAAACAGAAAAUAACUGGGCAUGUAGCAAAACUAAUACAAUCAUACGCUAAAAAAAGCAACGCUACACUACAGUUUCUUUUUCCUAUACAAGUUGGACAAAUUAUUCACGCAAAUAUUAUAAAAUCUUUUACAGAAAACCGGUCUUUAGAUUUACCCAUAAGUAUACUGGGUAUUUUUAAAAAUCAUUAUCUUUACGAAAUGUCGUAUCCGCUUGAGCUUACUUCGUGGUACAUAAUGGUGCCAACUAUGGGUGUACUCUCAACAUCUGAUAUAUAUCUCAUGAUUAUCGGAAAAAAACUUAUUAUUGUACUGACAAUUCUAGUUUUCAGUUUCUCAGUGCUAUUUACAAUUAUCGAUAGCGAAAUAUUUUCAAAAAUUGGAAGGCAAAUUAAAAUCAGAUACAUCAAUUUAAUACUAAACGAUAAAGUCCUACCUGGAAUUUUAGGACAAUCAUAUAUGUUUCACACUCAGCCCAAACCAUCACAAAGGUGUUUAUAUAUGUCACUUUUUUUACUAGGUUUGACAUUGAACACACUCUAUGCAGCUCAUUUAAAAACACUCAUCACAAGCCAUCCCUCGCUGCCACAAAUUUUGUCAUUCGAUGGCCUAAGGAAAGCGAAAGUGGAUAUUAUGGUUGAUGAAACUGAAGUUAAAAUAGUAAGUUAUUCUAGAGGACAGGAACCAUUUGAUAAAAUACGAGAUUUAAUGGAUAUAAGAGACACAUUAACUUUUCAAAAUCAACGCAAAAAUCUGAGAACCUCACAUGCUUACACAGUUCCAACAUCGAUGUGGAAAUUUAUCGAACAACAACAACUAUUUUUUGCACGUGCACUUUUUCAUGCUCCCGAAGCAAUGAUAAUUAUUGAAAUGCUUCAUUUAUGCGUUCCACUGCAAGAGAAUUCCAUACUUAAAGAAUCAUUUGAUCAUUAUAUACAUAAGGUGCACGAUGCAGGUCUAUUACAAUAUUGGUAUAGAAGCACAUUUCGGGAGAUGCUGUCAGCACACAAAAUUGCUAUCGCUGAAGGAAUCAGAAUGGAAUCAUAUCAGAAUCUAGGAACUAGAGAUUUAAAAUGGGUAUGGAUAUUUAUUGGAUGUGGUUAUAUAUUAAGCAUAGUAGCCUUUUUAUUGGAGUUAUGUAUUAGUUCUAUAAAAUCAAAGCCAAAAGCAAUGAAAACUAGUCGUAAAUAG